CGGGUAACACGCGCGGCGAAACUGUAUUCGUUAUAAAUUGAAGGAUCGAACGGUGCGUAAAUGUCGAAAUGAAUAUGAAGUGAUAUGAAGUAACAGGCGGAGUGACGUAAUAUUUGCGAGCGCGGGGAGAGAGAGAAAGAGAGAAGUUGUUAUUGGCGGAUAGACCAUCUGACAUUUAUAAUAUCUAUCGGAGCAAGUAACAGACAGACGAUAAAAAAAGAAGGAACGAACGAGAGAUUAAACCGAUGGAAUAAAUUAACGGAUGAAUCACGGUUGGGUGAAGAAAGAUGAGCAGGACAAAGGAACAAGCGGGUUCAUCCAAGUCAUCGGGAUCCGCAGGCUCUACGGAGGAAAAAGAGAAGGAUGAGAGGAUGUUCGAGUGCAAUAUUUGUUUGGAUACCGCGAAAGAUGCAGUAGUCAGUAUGUGCGGCCAUCUGUUCUGUUGGCCGUGUCUGCACCAGUGGCUGGAGACUAGACCUACUAGGCAGGUUUGUCCUGUAUGCAAGGCUGCUAUAAGCAAAGAAAAAGUCAUUCCAUUAUAUGGACGUGGAGCUACAAAGCAAGAAGAUCCAAGGAACAACGUGCCACCGCGCCCGGCCGGUCAAAGGUCAGAGCCAGAAGCCAAUGUCGGUUUUCCCGGCUUUGGUUUCGGCGAUGGUUCCUACAUGUCGUUCGGCAUUGGCACUUUUCCGUUCGCUUUCUUUACGUCGACUUUUAAUUUCGGAGAAACACGACCAAGCGCAGCUCCCAGAGGCACACCGCAAUAUGAGGAAGAUCAGUUUUUAUCCAAGAUAUUUUUGUGGUUAGCGAUAAUAUUCAUCUGCUGGCUGCUGAUGGCAUAACAUUGUUUCUAAAUCACAUACCAGUCUGCUCCAUAAUGUGUAAUACUUUGUCUUAUGAUAUCCUGUUGGUUCGUGAUAAUCGCAACAUUGGUAUUGGUUUCCACGUG